CUGUACGCCACUUUUGCAGCAGACGCUCCCGCUGCCGCCGCUGCCCCUCCUGCCGCGACUGCUGCUAGCGAGGUGAGGUGAGCUCCAGUCCCGUCUGCGCUGCCGCAGAGAGGCCGGCCCGGCCCGGCGAGCCGAACCAAUGCUGGAUCUGGAGGUGGUGCCCGAGCGCUCUCUGGGAAACGAGCAAUGGGAAUUCACGCUGGGAAUGCCUCUGGCUCAGGCAGUAGCCAUUCUUCAGAAGCACUGUCGCAUCAUCAAAAAUGUCCAGGUUCUGUACAGUGAACAGUCUCCUCUAAGCCAUGACCUCAUCCUUAACCUGACUCAGGACGGGAUCAAACUACUGUUUGAUGCUUUCAAUCAGAGACUUAAGGUGAUUGAAGUAUAUGACUUGACUAAAGUAAAGUUAAAAUAUUGUGGAGUACAUUUUAACUCUCAGGCCAUAGCUCCCACCAUUGAGCAGAUAGACCAGUCUUUCGGUGCAACUCAUCCUGGAGUAUACAACUCUGCUGAGCAGCUCUUCCACCUCAACUUCAGAGGACUGUCUUUCUCUUUUCAAUUAGACUCGUGGACAGAGGCUCCCAAGUACGAGCCCAAUUUUGCCCAUGGUCUAGCUUCUCUCCAGAUACCCCAUGGAGCAACUGUGAAACGAAUGUACAUCUACAGUGGAAAUAGCCUACAGGAUACCAAGGCUCCCGUGAUGCCCCUGAGCUGUUUCCUGGGCAAUGUGUAUGCUGAGAGUGUAGAUGUUCUUCGAGAUGGAACUGGACCCUCAGGUUUACGACUUCGCUUACUUGCCGCAGGUUGUGGACCUGGCCUAUUAGCAGAUGCCAAGAUGCGGGUAUUUGAACGUUCGGUGUAUUUUGGUGAUUCUUGCCAAGAUGUUCUUAGCAUGCUUGGUUCUCCACAUAAAGUCUUCUAUAAGUCAGAAGACAAGAUGAAAAUUCAUUCUCCUUCCCCUCAUAAGCAAGUUCCAUCCAAGUGCAAUGACUACUUUUUUAACUACUUCACUCUUGGAGUGGACAUCCUUUUUGAUGCGAAUACACACAAAGUGAAGAAGUUUGUCCUUCACACCAAUUACCCUGGGCAUUAUAAUUUUAACAUUUAUCACCGUUGUGAGUUCAAGAUCCCACUAGCCAUAAAGAAAGAAAACGCAGAUGGUCAGACAGAAACAUGCACGACCUAUAGCAAGUGGGACAAUAUUCAGGAGCUCCUGGGUCACCCUGUGGAGAAACCUGUUGUCCUGCAUAGGUCCUCUUCCCCAAACAACACCAAUCCAUUUGGCUCCACAUUCUGCUUUGGUCUUCAACGGAUGAUCUUUGAGGUCAUGCAGAAUAACCACAUUGCCUCGGUGACCCUGUAUGGCCCCCCCAGGCCUGGUGCCCAUCUGAGAACAGCAGAGCUCCCCUAGGACAUCACCACCCAUGCCCCUCUGCCCCGUGGAACUGUGCAUCACAUCCUUGGCAGGCCUUCAUGUGCCACCCUGUGGGUUUUAUUGGACACCUUGCCAGUGUUGAAGGGCUGUUGUGAUGUUCUGAGGUGGGGCUCAGGCUGGGUGCUCUGUCAUGGGGUAAGAGGCCCAGAUAUUCCUCUGUCUGUCCUCAGCCUGCUGUGCUGGUGCGAACAGGGGACACAGACUGCAAAGAGAAGCACAAACUCUGAGCCUUGAUACCUGGACCCAGGAUCUCUCGACUAACACGUAAAGAGGCAGAGUUCUGUCUCCCCUGUCCUACACAUAUUGGAAAACUUGGGACUCUGUGGCUGAGGACACAGGCACCCAAGAUGAGGACAGGGUCCUGCCUUUGGCCCAACAUUGCCACAUGACCCUUAAGGCAAGCAGGUAGCAUGUCCAUAGUACUUGGUUGCGACUUUUGCACUACUACAUCCACUUUAGUUACUUGAUGAGCUGGCUGUGGCCAAGGUGGCCCACCUGCCCUUCCCUGUUCCUUUCUUGCACGAGCUCCCUGCCAGGCCCAGUAGGCACACCCAGCUGGUUGAAACACAGCUUUCUACCAUCCAGGUUACAUACCCACCUGGUUCCCACCCGUCUUGGAGUCAGCCUUCAAGGUCACCUGUGCCCGCUGUGCCCCAAGCUGACCGGCAGGGCUGCAUGUUUCCAUCCUGUUUGCCUCUUUUAUUUAAUGCCAAAGUUUCAGCCAAAGACAUCUUCCUCCUCUUGUUGUGUUUCACCAUUCUGUUCUGCACUGUGGGCUGGCUCCCCUGCCCCAUCCCUGGGCAGUGUCCCCUAGCCUGGCCCAUGUAUGGCUCAAGGCCUCUGGGGACUCAAGGAGAGCUGGGCCGCUCAGUCUCUUCAUGGGUCUUGCUAAGAAAAGUAGCAUAUGUGCUUUAAAAAUAAUAACCUUUUGAAAAGAAUUGAAAAGAGAAAUGUAUAAUUUUAUCCCAUUUUUAAUAUUUUGGUCUAGCAACUUGUGAUACAUAGAUGACAAUUUUGUGAGUUUUUCAAAUGUGUGUACAGAUUUUUGUAAAUAUGACUCUUUUGUAAUUAACUCAUGUACAGCCUCAUCCUGUAUAGUUUAACAAAUGAAUGUGCAGGGGGCCUGCCCCGGGCUUCUUUGUGGUUCUUGGGGCUACAGCCAGGCUUGUGUGGCACUCCCAUGACCUUGUGAUUGACUCGUGUCUUCCCAUUUGGACUGUGGCCUGGCCAGAGACCCCCGCACAUCCCACUGUUGGGUAAGCCAGGACUAUUCUCAUCCCCUGGAAUGGGGGAACCUUCCUCAUGCUCUGCCCAUACCCCUCUUCCAAUAAAGACCUAUCCCCUCAGCAACAGCUCACCAUGUGCCGUUGCUGGGAUGUUUGUACUAA